CGUAGAUCGUCUUCAUUCGGUGCUGAACAACCAAGGUAUCGCCUUCGCUAUAUUUCUCCUCGUUUCUAAAAGUUAAGUUAAUAAAAAUAAAAGUGUUCUGAUGGAACCCAAAUCCCGGAAUAAACCCCAAUCUUGCGGGGUUGUGUGUGCUAUAUGCAGUGAGUUCUACAGUCAAUACGAUGUGAUAAUCUGUUCCACCAACUGUGGACAUCUUUUCCAUAAGGCCUGUCUUACACGCUGGUUGAACAUCUCCCUGACUUGUCCACAGUGCCGAGCGAGCUGUAACAGAAAUAGCAUCCGACGUCUAUAUCUAAAUUUUUCCGAUAGUAAGGAAGAAAAAGGAGAAGGGCCAGGCGCAAUGAAUAUUCAAUGGGUUCCUCUGGAUUUUAAUGGCAAAAAGCUACCGAAGGGCGCAGUGAAAAGUGGAUUUGACGAUGAAGGUAAUCCCACAUAUGUGGCUCGGGUCUACUUGUACAACGAUUUGCUGCCAGCGAGUUACUCGGCAAAGUACAAACGAGCUCAAAGUUCCUGGGACUGUCAGGCGUUUGAGUUUUUUGCAGAGCUAGAAGUCCUGGUUCUGACCGAUUGCAGUUAUAAAUGGGUUCCAGGCAAGAUGGGAAGCUACUCUUUGGACGCUCUUCAAACCGGAUACACUGAAGAUGGAGAAGUGACCUACACGGGACGCGCCGUAUACGAGGACGUCUUACGCUUGGGAAAAGUACACCCAUCCCAUGGGGUGUUGUAUAUACCGCACCGAGGACUGGAAGUAAAUGUUCCAGAUUAUGAGGUCUUGGUGGUGACUCCUCGUUUAGUUGAAAGAUCUUAAAAAACCGUGAUUAUUUC